AUGGAUGUCACCUUUGACAACAUCACCUACACGGUGUCCGUCGGCAAACGAGAGAAGAAAAACGUCCUAAACGGAGUAUCGGGCCGGUUCCAGUCUGGUGAGCUAACCGCCAUCAUGGGCCCGUCCGGAGCGGGUAAAUCGUCGCUGCUCAACAUCCUUACCGGUUACACGACUCGCGGCGUUAAGGGAACACUCGCAUUCGGAGCCAGCGGCAACACCAACCGGAAGUUGUGCAGUUACAUUCUGCAGGAAGACUAUCUCCAGCCACUGUUCACCGUGCACGAGAUAAUGCUGAUGGCUUGCGAUCUGAAGGUUUCGUCCGACAGUCUUAACCGCAGCGAAAAGCUCCGGCUGGUUGACAAAAUUCUCGACACGCUGCAGCUGAGCUACUGCAAGAAGACGCGCUGUGGCAGCCUGUCCGGUGGCCAACGGAAACGUCUAUCAAUCGCGCUCGAGCUUAUCGAUAAUCCGCCGAUCCUAUUUCUGGACGAGCCCACGACGGGCCUGGAUAGUUCGUCCUCACUGUACACCAUCAAACUGCUGCAGGGAUUGGCGCGCGAAGGACGCACCAUCGUCUGCACGAUCCACCAACCCUCAGCGACGGUGUACGAGAUGUUUGACCACGUGUACGUGCUGGCUGAGGGCCACUGCGUGUACCAAGGUUCAGCUCUCAACACCGUACCAUACCUGCGCUCGGUUGGGUUGCACUGUCCGGCGUAUCACAACGCGGCCGAUUACUUGCUCGAGGUCACCAACAAGGAGCACGGGAACUUCACGCAAGCCCUCGCGAAGGCCGCAACGGACGCGAGCUGGCGGCUUGGACCACUGCUACCGGUUGUUGACAGGCUUGGAGGUGGCCCGGGUGAGCUUGCAUGCCUGCCGGCCUAUGACAGCAAUCACAACGACGCCAUCUACCGGAAGGAACAAGCGGAACCACUGGCCGUUACGGUCGAGCGGCUACCAGUGAAGACGAUGGAGCACCAACACCGGCGUCGACCGUCCGAAUUCGCCAAACUGUUGAUCCUGAUGAAGCGCUCCAACAUUCAGCUGUAUCGCGAUUGGACUGUGACGCACCUGAAGCUGUUUGUUCACAUCGUGUGUGCCGUCGUGAUUGGAUUGCUGUUCGGCGAUUCGGGCAUUAACGCGACGAAAUCGAUCUCGAACGUGGCGUCGUUUAUGGUGCACAUAUUGUACCUCUGGUAUACGACGCUCAUGCCGGGCGUGCUGAAGUACCCGUACGAGAUGAACGUCUUGAAGAAGGAAUCCUUCAACCGGUGGUACAAAAUACGGACGUACUUCGUGGCCUCCAUGCUGACGUCAUUACCGGUGCAGAUCUUCUUUUCGAUUGUUUACGCCUCGAUUGUCUACGCGAUGACGUACCAACCGUGCGAGCUGGAGCGGUACCUGAUGUUUACGGCCGUGCUCGUGCUCAACACCAUCGUCGCCGACGGGUUCGGCCUGUUCCUGGGCACGUUCCUGAACGAGAUCAACGGAACGUUCAUCGGUGCCAUCAUGACCUGCUUCAUGUUUGUGUUCUGCGGUUUUCUCAUCAUGUUCAGCCACAUGUCGGACGCGAUGCGGGGCGUUAGCUACCUCUCGUCGCACCGGUACAGCUUCGAGGCGCUCGUCCUUACCGCCUACGACGACAGCCGGGGCGAUCUGGUGUGCCCGCAGGACGAGAUGUACUGCCACUACGUGAAAGCCAACACGAUACUGCGGGAGCUCGGCAUCGUGCCCGGCAACUAUCUGUUCAACGUGGUCACGCUGGUCGUGCAUUUCGUCGCAAUCAAGGUGGUCGGCUUCUGGACGCUCAAGCGCAAGCUAAAGAUGGGCUAGAGGCUGGUCAAACACGUGUAGGCACUAUUAAACAAAACCACCCACACGGGCACUCACACACAGAAACAAACAAACAAACUCACACAUGACUUAAGCACGGACAAACCGCCACUGGCUUACUGGCGGAUGGAGGCACCAGCGGAAUCCUUAAGCGGAAUGGAUUGUGAUUAAUAUUUCUUUGUACAUGUUUCGUACUUUAAACUUUUGAUAUGCCACACACUUUUUUUUUACGCGUUUCGUUCGGAUAAUGUGAACUAGUGAUAGAAAACGACGGCAACCGGUUUCCAAGUUGCGAAGUUGGGAAGAUGCAU